CAUGGGGGAAACCGAAACUAUACGCACUAUAGCUUUAAGUAAAUGUACUGAGUUGCUUUCCGCCACUUGUGACACUAUAGCUAGACACAAAUAGGUGUGUUUAGUUUUACCUUGAUUGCAUUCUUCUGAAGAACUUAUAUGGUUUACUAAUGAAAAUAUAAAUGUACUAUUUAAGUUACAUUUCUGUUCGGCUCUUGUUUUGGUAACACAAGCAGCUGGUCAACACAGUAUUGACACAGGUAGCCUACAGAUUAUCACUGUUAUCAAUGCAUCAACUGAUGUUACAUAAACACGAUCAAAAAACAAACAGAGCCUCCCUGUUGUUCAGCCUUAGGGUUUGUGAAUAUGUGCCGUUGCUUUUAUAUCUUUGUAAGAACUAUUUAGGGCUCCACAUUCAUUAUGUGAGGACAUUUGUGAGACAUGUUUGCGUUUUUGACUAAAACAUUGAAUUAGCUAUCAUUGAAAAACCUAAAGAAAAUAAAAAUAAAAGAAAAUCUCCAUCUUCUCCCUGAUUAGUAUAGAAUUACAUAGAUUAAUUUAUUGCAGGAAAUUGUGUAGCUUUUGGAAAAUUAUGCAUUCGUCAUAUAAAGCCAAAUUGCCAAAAAUGUCAUUAUGAGUCUAGUUCCUUCAUCUACAGUAUUUACAGUAAAUUAUAAGUAUAACUGCCUUGUAAGUCUAGCUGCACCUAUCUCAUACAUUUUUUUCUGGACAAAAAAGACAAACCCUAAUUUUCUGAAUUUAAAAAAUAGAUUUUCUGACUUGUUAGUCCUCAACAUGGAUUCAAAUAAAACUGUGAACAACAGUAAUUUUUCUUUUAUUUUAUACAGUAUGCUCAACCACAUGUGUCUCCAGGAAUUAUUUGGUGAGAGUAAAGAUUGUAACCGAUACUGAGAAGAUCACACUGUCUGUAUGCCUAAGGUGUCUGAAUCGGCCUUUUAUGUUUUCUCUCUGGUCAUAUUUGCUCUGGGGGCAGUAAUUCCGGUUUCCAGUGUGUGUGUGUGUGUGUGUGUGUGUGUGUGUGUGUGUGUGUGUGUGCAUUUGCACCGUGUGUGUGUGUUUAUGUUACUAUGCUUACUAACAACAAGCUUUCUAAGUAGCCAGAGGCCGAAGCUACCUCUCAUCUCCAUUGUUGUUAACUACUGCAUUUAUGUAAGUCAGUAUUUAUGUUUAAGGAACUAUACUUGUUUUUUGACUAUUUUAAACAUAACUUCUCCUUCCCUUUUCUCAAGCGACAGCCAUCUUGCCAGUGAUCUACCAACACCAACCACAGACACACCCACUGCAUUCACAUCCCUCCUCACCCGCCUGCCUCCAGCUCCCUUCCUCCACUAUAUGUGCACGGGUGGUGUGUUUUUUUUUUCUUAGUGAAGACGCCCUCCUGUUGACAUCAUCACCAGGGGACUCCUCCUUGCUCCCCUGAGAUAUAAAUGAGCUCUUGUUUCCGUGGCAGCAUCUCGUAGCUUCAUCACACCCUCCUAUAGGUGCUCACACUUUUCAAGGAAGCCUGAACAACAGAGGAGGAGAAUCUUUACUGCGAUCUGCGGACUCACUAUUUAAGUUUUGCUCAGACGAAAAGCCAGCAUGUCGAUGGGCAUGGAGAUCGUGGGCAUAGCCCUUGGAGUCAUUGGUUUUAUCAUUGCAAUAGUGACAUGCGUCCUGCCAAUGUGGAGGGUGACAGCUUUCAUCGGAGCCAAUAUCAUCACUGCUCAGACCAUCUGGGAAGGUUUAUGGAUGAACUGUGUCACCCAGAGCACUGGCCAGAUGCAAUGCAAGAUCUACGACUCAAUGCUGGCCUUGCCUCAGGAGCUGCAGGCCUCCAGAGCGAUGACAAUUGUCGCCAUCAUACUCGGGGUGCUGGGGGUCAUGAUCUCCAUCGUCGGCGCCAAGUGCACCAACUGCAUCGAUGACGAGCCAUCCAAGGCCAAAGUGAUGAUCAUCGCUGGAAUCUUCUUUAUCCUCGCCGGCCUUUUGGUCCUCAUCCCCGUCUCCUGGACAGCCAGCGUCCUCAUCCAGGAUUUCUACAACCCCUUGCUGAUCAGCGAGCAGAAGAGGGAGCUUGGUGCAUCGCUCUACAUCGGCUGGGGGGCGGCCAUCCUGCUCCUGAUUGGUGGGGCGAUGCUGUGCAGCAGCUGCCCACCAAAAGAGAAGCAGUACAAGCCGCCUCGGAUGGCCUACUCCGCCCCGCGCAGCACCAGUGCAGGCGGAGGGUACGACAGGAAAGACUAUGUUUGAACUGUGGUGUCUGACUUGAUUUGGAAAGUAGGAUAACAUUUAUUUUUUGUUGCACAUGAGUGUUUCUGUGUCUGUGUUGUGUUUUGCUAUCUGAAACCACAGGGUGAACCCCCACGAAAAGACUCCGAGAUGAAGAUGUGUGUACAAAUUUUGAUCUUUCUGUUUUGCUUUUUUGCUGACGUGUUCGUUUACAUAACUGUAAUGUCUUUGCUCUGCUUUAAUCCAGCAAGUGUGUCUUGUUAAAAAAAGGCUUCCAUUUUUAUUAUAUGAACAUGAGAGCCUGUUUUUCAGUAAAACAUAACUUUUUU